AUGCCUGCCGCAAUCGCAGACGCUCCGGCGGUAGCAAUGUCUUUUGCCAACAAUUUUUGGGGCAAAGACGAUGCUGGCGUCGGCCCCCUUCUCGACCGCAUGGUCAACUCAAAGCAGACUUGCGACGAACUCAAAAGCUUCUAUGGCGCACGAGCUUCGAUCGAAGAUGAGUAUGCCCGAAAGCUGUUGAAUCUGAGCAAGAAAACCAUAGGCACUCAUGAAACCGGGACACUCAAAGCUUCUAUGGAAACGGUCCGCAGCGAACUCGAGGCCAUGUCCAAGCAGCAUCAAAGCAUUGCCGCGCAAAUGAAGACAGAGCUCGAAGAACCGCUGGCCGCCUUCUCAGGAGGCAUCAAAGAACGACGCAAGAUUGUUCAGGGCACUGUGGAGAAGCUGCUCAAGAUCAAGGUUCAACAAACAAAUCAAGUAAACAAAACUCGGGACAAAUACGAACAAGAAUGCUUGAAAAUUAAGGGUUAUCUCGCACAAGGCCACAUGGUGAUGGGUCAAGAAGAGCGUCGAAACAAAGCCAAGCUGGAGAAGACUCAAAUCAGCCUCGCGACUUCGAACACGGAAUACGAGAAUGCAGUCAAGGUAUUGGAGGACACCACAGUCCGAUGGAACAGAGAGUGGAAGGCCGCUGCCGACAAAUUUCAGGACCUUGAGGAAGAAAGACUCGAUUUUACCAAGAACAGCCUCUGGACGUAUGCCAACAUCGCGUCGACAGUUUGCGUUAGCGACGAUGCUGCUUGCGAGAAGAUUCGCCUCUCUUUAGAGAACAUGGACGUGGGGACUGACAUCAUCACUUUCAUAAACGAACGUGGUACUGGCCAAGAGAUCCCCGAGGCCCCCAAGUACAUCAACUUCGUCCGCGGCGAUGUCCAUGAUACCAACUCUGAAGCUUCUGAAGACGAAAACAACUAUACCGUGGCGCAAUUUCCCCGGAGUAUCAAUCCGGCUUUCCGCUCGUCUUCGCCGCAGCCUUCUACGUUUGAAUCGCAUCACGAUCCCAAUUCCGCGCUGGCGAACGAUUUGGCCCACAGACCUCCGGUCAAGCCAACUGGCCGCGAGGGUGCGGCAACUCCUCAAAAGAGCCCUCAGAAGAUGCUGCCAGCUGCACGCGCAUCUUCGGAGGAUCAAUUCCGCAAGCCGCAACCACCAGGCAUGGAAGAUCGCCAAUAUCGGGCGCUUCCGCCACCGGGAGAAGAUCAAUAUCGCCGCCAGCAGCCUGGCCCAGACGACCAACUUCGCCGACAGUUACCUCCACCUGACGAGCAACAACAGCCGCCGCAACAGCAGCAGCAACAAUAUGGGAGACAGCCACCACCGGCUGCUGAUCAGUAUCGCAGGCAACCACCUGCGGCCGAAGACCAGUAUCGUAGGCAGCCACCGGCUACAGACGACCAGUUCCGCAGGUCGCAAACAAGCUCAAACCCUCCAUCACCGUAUGAUAAUCUUCGGCAAGGUCCUAAAGGAACAAAUCCCCAUGACCCAUAUCCAAAGGACGGCAUGACGAUGCUGUGCCGCCCUGGCCCUCCGUCAGCUAGCAGCUCCCAGAUCCAAUCGGCCAGACCGUCGAGCCGAGACUCUCGCAGUGAAUAUUCCGAUCCUACGUCGGCUUCCAGCCAGGAACAUCAAAGCGGCAAAAUAUCCCCUGUUAAGCAAGACCCUCCGCUGUCAUCGCCGCUCUCGUCAAGCCCUGAUAAGCAAGCCCUCAAGAAACGAAGUGGAUUCUUUCAAAACCACAGCCCCUUUAGACGCAAGAGCACCAAGGAUCUGCAAGCUGCUGCCGCCGCUGGUGGUGCACCUAGCAACAGAAACACUUGGCACCCGUCUCAAUCCCAGGGAUCGACAAGCCCUGUCCGCCGACCGCAGCCCUACGGAAACAGCGAGCCGCAGACUAGGAAUCUGCUGAAAGAACGGACUGCUAGCCCAGAGCCAAUUGAUGCUAAUGCAAGCUUGGCUCUUGGUGUGGGACAGAACGUGCUCCCUGUUACGACCCCUGACACCAGCCGACAGAAACCACAACCGGUGCCCCAGAAGGCUGAGCCGGCGGAUCCCAUUGCAGCGGCCUUGGCCGAGCUCAAGAAUGUCAAUGUAGGCAAGCAAGCUUCGGUGAGAAUGUCGGCCGACCACUACCAUGGCAUCUCUACUCCUGUUCCAAACACAGAGGCAGCGAUGACAAGAGCAUUCCCGGCUCCCGGCAGCCAUGAUGCAGCUGCCGCCACGCGCGGCACGCCUCCGCCUUCGUACCAGGCUCAAACCCAGGUGACGAGGCUGGGAGUGCCGCCUCCAGCCGUCACAUCCAAGGCUAUGAAGCAAGCUUCCCAAAAGGUGGCGAACCAGACACGAAGUGUUUACGGCGAUGACGGUCGUAGAGGGUCUGCGAGCAACGCUCCCUCUCCUAUCUCACGACCUGGUACGCGAGGUAACGAUCGCUCGGCCUCUCCAGCUACUGCUCGUGGCGCAUCCCCCCAGCCUCACCGGCAAAUGAGCAAUGAUCCUCGGCACUCGGCGUCUCCAAACCCUUAUCAUCAGCGGAACAAUUCUUCAACCAGUUUGAACCGUCCUCCAGAUCAAGGAUACUACCGCGGAGCGUCUCCCCACGGGUCCACUAGGGGCUCGACCAGGGGGGCUUCGCCAAAUCCGUAUAGAGGGGACUAUAACAACUAUUCUCAGAGCCGUCCGGGAAGUAGCUAUAGCGGUUCUGAAAUGGCGAUGCAAUUAGCUUCUCCCGGUGGCGGCGAUGAUCGUUAUGGCUCUACCAGAAGCCGGGCCUCUAGUCGGCCAGGGUCGCGAGCCAUGGGCCUUUAUGAUGGAGGCCACCAGCGCAGCAAAAGCGUGGCCGACCCGUCUAGACAAUAUUCACGAGAUGGACGACCAGUUAUACAUAUGGCGCGCGCGGUGUACAUGUAUCAAGCUGCUAUCCCUGAGGAACUCGGUUUUGCUAAAGGCGACUACCUUGCUGUCUAUCGUCACCAAGAUGAUGGAUGGUGGGAAGCAGAAGUCCACAACGGAAAUGGCCAAAUUGGGCUGGAAACAUUCCAGGAGACUGCGCGCGUUAUCACCUCGAAGCCCGUCCAGAGGGCCGCUGUCAAUCUCGCGCUGCUCGUUUCUGGAGCGGUGACACUGCUUGGUCUGGCUGCGAUUGCCUCUGUGCUAUUCUUCCAGAAUUUUGUUCCUGAUCAGUUUGUCACUACGCCAGUUCAUCUGCAAUAUGGGACGGGUCUCAAUCCAUAUGGCCUUACGGCGCUGACCGUGCCACUGCUGAAGCCGCAGCAAGACUACGACAUCUCCGUUACCCUUUCAAUGCCGCGAUCGCCUCCCAAUGUCGAGCGAGGGAACUUUAUGGUCAGCCUAUAUCUACUGGGCUCCCAGAAUGGCUACGCAUUAGCUGAAGAUGCGCGAAAGUUUGCCAACCGUGAACCGAGUUUCGAGCAGAACGAUGUGCUUUUCCACUCACGAAGGCCGGCCUUGCUCCCUUAUAUUGACCCCGUGGUGUCUUUGGCAUCGCGUGUUCUGUUCUUACUCUACCACUUGAUAUUCCCAACGGCGCAAAAUUGCACGAUGAAAAUACCAGUAGCCGAGCGAGUCGCUUUCCCAACAGACUCUUCUAUUCCCUUGUCGGCGUAUGUGGAAAUCGAGGCAGGGCAGGACAUUCAGAUUUACAGCGCUUCACUUACGAUGACGGCGCAGCUUAGCGGCCUCCGAUGGCUCAUGUUUCACUACCGCCUUUUGACCUUUUCCAUGUUUACGACGGUUUUCUGGGUCUGCGAACUUGCCUUUAUGAGCGUUGCUUGGGCCAUCUUUGGCUCUUUAAUGGGAUCUUCGCCUAACAAGCUGGAAUACAAGACUCGAAAAAGCCAGCGCCGGCCGACAACAGAAGAAGCGACAGAUCCGGAAGACUCUGAGGGGAAUGAGGAGAAUGAUGGUGGAUCAGACCAUCCGCACCAAUUCCCUACUUACGGAAAGCAGCCUGCGUUGAAGCACGAACCAGACAUCAAAGACGAGGAAGAGCAUAAACAGCCUCUUCAUGAGAUACCUGUUGCCGGCGAAGAAGCUGAUGACGAAGAAGAUGUUGAAUCGCCUCGAGAUUCGGGUAUAGGUACCAGCUACAGUGGGGAAGGGAGCAGCAGUGUUCGCAGGAGAAAAUCGCAAUCGCGCUUGGAGCAGUAG